UGGUCAAAGUAAAAUGCUGAGUAAAAUACUUGCUUGGUGUGUGUUUCGUUGUGUUUAUGGCUUUAAAUGUCCCUCACUUUAAGAGGGCGUUACGAUCUUCUUCCCGAAACGAAAGAGGCGCCAUCGCUAAUGAACCCAGUUAUGAGGUUACUAUCGUUAGCAACGCGGACGUAAGAAUCCAUCAUCACCGUCAUCGUCAUCGUCGUCGCCGUCUUGCCCGGCGAUGGAGCGUGCAUAAUCCCUCGGCGAUGAUGCUGCGUAAUGUCGCCUUUCCCCACGGCCGGUUUCCAACUGCACAGCGCGCGUCUCGCCAGUGCCCGCCAGGCACGGUCUCGCGGAUUAUCGUCCGCACCAUUGCCGCUCCGCCGCAUAUGAUUCAUAGAACCGCUCGUAGGAACGAACUCGAGGCCAUCCGGAGGUACGUGAGCGCAUUCACGUCGGAAACGUUCUCGUUUCUCCCGCCGUCCGGAAACUCACACGGAAACAAACUGCGGUGCGGGAACAGUACCGUACGAUCUCGGUAAACAGAUUGGUUAAAGUUUGGAUUGGAGUAUACUCGAAUUUACCUGAGUUUUAGGGUCAGAAGCCGGAGAAUUUUAUAUACUUGGAGAUGUUAGAAGUUGGUUUGAGAGUUGUUCGCGGCCAGGACUGGAAAUGGGAUGAUCAGGAUGGCGGCGAAGGUCACGCGGGGACAGUAGUGGAAAUCGGAAAGCCUCCACCUACAGGAAAUACAGCUUCCAGUCCGAAUACCUCCGAUCGGACUCCAGAUAAAACGGUUAUUGUCCAGUGGGAUCAUGGCGCUAGAAGUAAUUAUAGGAUCGGUUACCAAGGAGCUUAUGAUUUACUGAUGUUCGACAACGCAGCCGCCGGCGUAAAGCACUCUAACAUUAUCUGCGACGGUUGCAAGAGACACGGAAUUAUCGGCAUGAGAUGGAAGUGUUCGCAAUGCUUUGACUACGAUCUCUGUACGCAGUGUUACAUGGCUGACUUACACGAGUUAACUCAUACAUUUCAGAGAUUUCAAACAGCUAAUUCCGUUGGAGUUCAACUGGGACCGAGAAAAGGCUGCAACAAAAUACCUUUGAAGGGAAUUUUCAUAGGAGCGAAAGUCAUUCGCGGACCGGAUUGGGAAUGGGGAAAUCAGGAUGGCGGCCGGGGGAAGACCGGUAGAGUCAUGGACAUACGUGGAUGGGAUAACGAAAGCAGUCGCUCUGUUGCAACUGUCACGUGGUCCACGGGUAGUACCAACGUAUAUCGAUUAGGUUACAAAGGUUGCGUAGAUUUAUGUUAUAUGGAGGAGGCCAAUUCUGGAACUUAUUAUAAGGAGCAUCUUCCGUUGCUCGGCUAUCCGGUCUUGACCGUACCGGACAAUGGAAAUGCUUCCACACCGACCAAAAGCGGCGUUCCCAAUGUCACGUCUAGUCCACACCAUCUAACAUUCAAUGUCAGUGACAAGGUGAAAGUACUAAUCGAGGUCGACACUUUAAAGGAGAUGCAGGAUGGUCAUGGAGGGUGGAAUCCACGUAUGGCUGAUUAUAUAGGAAAGAUCGGUACGGUGCAUCGGAUCACAGACAAGGGAGACAUUCGCGUGCAGUACGAAGGCUGCAAUAACAGAUGGACUUUUCAUCCGGGCGCUCUGACGAAAGUCACCGCUAAGGAUGCCUUCUCGCUCGGUGACAUCGUCCGCGUCAAGAGUGAUCUGACCGUCGUCAAACAGUAUCAACGUGGCCACGGCGAAUGGAUAGAUGUGAUGAAAAAUGCACUGGGAAAAACCGGGAAAAUAAUCAAGAUAUAUUCUGAUGGUGACUUGCGUGUUGCGUUAGACGGUCACACGUGGACGUUUAAUCCGCUGAGUGUCGCUCCUGUAUCUCUGGUUACGAACGCCACAGACGCUGCACGUGACGAUGCGAAUAGAAGUAGAGAUCGUUCAGCCGAUGGCACUGACAGCGAGGUGGAGAAGCUAUUGAGGGACGCUGCUAGAGGCGAGGCAGGUGUGAGCGCAGUACAGGAGUUCCUCAAAAAGUAUCCUGGCAAAGUGGACGCGAGGGCUCCUGGUGGAGGCAGAAAAACAUGCCUGCAAGUGGCUGCGCAUCAGGGCCAGGAUGAGAUUUGUACUAUUCUUCUGGAAGCUGGCGCCUCCCUACGAGCAGUUGACGAAGAUGGAGAUACACCCUUGCAUUACGCAGCAUUUGGCAACCAGCCGGAAAUCAUGGAACAGUUGUUGAUACGAGGCGCAGUUAUUAAUGCCGUCAACAAUGGCAGAUGUAGCGCUUUACACGUGGCGGUGAACAAGCAGCAUGUGCAGUGCGUGAGGGUACUGCUACGUCAUCAUUGCGAUGUGAAUCUGCAAGACUCGUACGGCGACACAGCGUUGCAUGACGCGAUCGGGAAGGACGCUCUAGAUGUGAUCGACGCAUUAUGCGCUUGCGACAGGGUCGAAUUCACGCUUCGGAACAAGCGGGGCUUCAACGUUCUACACCACGCAGCACUCAAAGGCAAUGCUCACGCAACGAAGAGGCUAGUUACGCGAGCCCGUUACUUGGUGGAUGUGAAAAAGGAAGAUGGAUUCGCGGCAUUGCAUCUAGCGGCCUUGAACGGACACAGAGAAGUCGCGGCGAUUCUCCUUUCGCAGAACGGCGGCCGCGCUAAGGUUGAUCUGCGCAACAAUCGGCGGCAAACACCGUUGCACCUGGCAACCUCGCAAGGACACUGGUCGCUCGUCGAGCUGCUAGUUCAUCAUAAUGCGGAUGUUGGAAGCACGGACGAGGACGGUGAUACGGUGCUUCAUAUCGCGAUAGCCAAAAGUCCGAAUCAUCAGACUGCCGAAAGUAGCCGGGAUUCGCCGCUUAUAAAUGCGAUCUGGCAGAAUCUGGCGAGGCAAGCCACAAAGACUGAAUUAGCAUUAGCUUGUUUUUUGGUAAGCGUGGACAGAAGUUGCAAACUCCUCGAGCAAGUCAAGAACAAGAAGGACAAGACGCCGCUCGAUCUCUUGGAAGAUGACCCACGGGCCGCUUUCUUCGCCGAUCUUCUACGAUCUUAUAAAUACCAAAGCCACAGCACGCAAUUAGAAAUAGAAAAUCCACCGACUGGUUACGUAGAGCCGUUUACGUAUCGGAUAGAUAAUAUGUCGCAACCAGAAGGGUUACAAGGUGCGAAGAACAAUAUACCUGGCUCCGGCGACGCUGCGGAAUGCCAGGAUUGUUCGGGGAUCAUAACGGACGGGAAGCAAGAGAAUCGAAUCGAUCCUGGCAGUAGCGUCACACUCGUUGGUUGUACACGUUGCGGCCAUACCGUCGUCAAAACCCAACCACAAGAUGGUCAACUGGCAACGGGAGAGGUAGCUAAUUCGGAGGACAAAUCAAAGAAUGUGUCUUUGGAGGGGAAAAGGAAGGAGGAAAUGAGCGACAAAGAGAAGGACAAAGACUUGGAGCGAUUACGUUACUUGGAGACCAGGGUCGCGGAUUUGGAGGAGGCGAAUAUGUGCAGUAUCUGCAUGGAACGCCGUCGUAACGUCGCCUUCCUUUGUGGGCACGGCGCGUGUGAGCACUGUGCUGCCCCGUUGAAAACCUGUCACAUGUGCCGUAAGACGAUCACGAAGAAAAUUAAUUUAUAUUAAAUCUUGAACAACCGGCACUUGGGAAUAUUCGCGUUGGCUUUUCAACCGGUAUACGCAUACACGAAAUAUUCCGGGAGGAACAAUCGAUACUUCGGCCAAUAAUAGUUAUCGCGAGUAAAACAUUUCCAAUAAAUGUAUGUCUAGUCUCAAAAUAGCUUGGGCGCCGCGAUGAUUUAAAUAAGUAAGCGGUUGCGCGAUGUCAUCAUUUCGAUGAUAAUCAAAAAUAACCAUUUCUUAGAAUUUAAAAAUGAGUUUCUAAAAAUUUCUUCUUCGAUGCAUUGUUCAUGCAUCUUGCAGUUCGAGACGAGACAUUCGCGGGAAGCAUUUUCUCACUGAAGUAUUGCAUAUUCCUCUCGAAACGCUUUAUAUACAUUCGUGCGAAUUGUGAAAAAUAGAUUUUGCCGACUGUGGUGAUAACGUAGAAAAUUUAUACGAUUUAUGUGUACGUUAAGGGCGUGUUCCGAGGAAAUUAAACUGCCAAAAACGUACACUUCUUUUUCGCGACAGAUUACACGGAAAAACGACGCUCCAUUAUGUCGCGCCAACGUCGUGCCAUAGCGAGAAAGAUAUAUACGCGUCACGAGAUCCGCGUUUUGCUCGGAUACGAGAUAGCUGGAUCUUGCGUUACUCUUUGUUGAUUUUUUCAGAGAUUAAGUAGAUUAAUUAAUAUCGCUAAGAGGGGUAUCUCGUGUCUUGGCGAAACGUGCGCAAUGCAUAAUAAGUACGCUGUGUACGCCUCUCUUUCCUUACGAAUCGGCGUAUUGCCUGUGCUUUAUCCCGUCCAUUUUUUACCCACAUUUGAAGAGCGCGCGGAUAACGAGCACGAGAAAGCGAGCUUCUCAUUUUGACGCGCGAGACACGCGGUAACAAUCAUAGAAGAGGUCAUAGAAAUCUCCGUACAUAUCUCACUAUAUGUUUUUAAAUGCUCGAAAACUUUUAGAUCAUGCGAGUUUAUGUUGUUUUAUGAGCGACUGAGGAAGAAGGGUUACGCAACUUAGACAAUUCAGUCUUCAAUUACUUGAAUUUUUUUAAACUUAUUCCAACAUUUUUUUUAAAUUAAUUCACAAUUAAAUUUUGAUAAAUUUGUAUUGUCUUUUUUACUUAUUAUGAAUAUGUUGGUUAUUUGACAGCACUAGAAUUAAUAUAAAGUUAAUAUAAAGUUAAUAUUUCGUAUAAAAAUGGAAAGUUUUCAUAGUUUUAAAAUAGUAAAAAUGUUUUGACAAAAACUGUUUUUAUCUGAUGAAAAUUUUCCAUUUGUAUACGUGUAAAAUAAGUGGAUUUUUCAAAUGUUCAAAUGUACCCCUUUCUUCCGUAUUUUCGCCAUUACAUCAUUCGACAAAUAUUUUAUGUAAUAUAAGUAAGAGAUAUAAUGAAAGAAAACAUCCAAUCUUAUAGCCAAAUCUCUAGAUAGGAAAAUUGUACUCAUUUAUAUAAAAUAAUCCGUUUUUUGUAUAAAAUAAUCGUUUGUGAUCAAAUGCGACAGCAUGGAACCAAUUAAUUUUAAGCGCGCUUCCCAUUAGAACGUAUGUCGAGACAACAUGAAAAAACACGUUCGCGUUUAAUAAUAAAAAAAAAAGUCGACAAUUCUUAAGGUACAAGCUUAUUAACGCGAGGAUUGAUCGAGGAAUCCUCAAAUUACUUGGAGAAAUAAACGCUACGAAAUAUUUCAUGGGAGAAUCUUUUUUAUCAGUAUUAGACAUCUUGCCUUUCUACUCAACACAACGAAAAACUUGUAUUCGAGACGCAUAGAGAACUUCUAUUUAAUACGAGUAAGGUGUAAGAUGUGUACCCCGUUGUUCGGAGCUGCGUACUCAAUCGAUUUUUACAUUAGCUAGCGUAAUUUCUCCACUGGUGACUGGAAAAUCGAGGGCGAUUUUUAUAGAACAUUGUGCUGGGACGAGAACGGUCCUUUCAGGGUAACGCAUCGCGAAUUUUACGUUCACGAUAAGAAACGUAUAAUUUGCGACUAUGCCAAUCUGAUUACGUCAAGAUGAUAUUAGCUUUCUUCCUCCUUUUUCUCUUUCCUUUUUUUUUAUAAUAGUAGCUGUAUUGUCGUUUAGGUAUGUGCGGCGUAUACUACAAAAGAUGUUAUAUUAUGAUAAAACUAUAGCGUAAACUUUUAAGCGUCGAUAGAUUUCUACAAUUGUAAUUUAAGACAUAAUUUAAAUAAACAAUUUUACGGGAUAUAUAUGUAUAUAUAAUAUAUAUAUAUCGAUGUAAAUCGAUAUAUAGAAAUAAACUUUAAUCUAAUUCAAUAUGACCACUAUAUUUUUUUCCCCUUUAAUUUUUAUAUCUUAUCGAUUAAAAUCGAAAACGAAAUAAAGUUUCUCUGUUAACUUUUCCGCAUUAUACUAACUAAUCGCGUAGUUGAUAAAAAUAGGGAUCGAUUCGGCGGUCCGACGAAUAAAGUCACAGAGACGAGUAACAUAACGAUAACAAUAACAAAUACGCUUAACGCGCGAGAGACAAACUCGCGCAUUCAACAAAAUCUGAAAAUAAACUUGUCCUUAGCUUAGCAAGCAAUCUUAUUUAUUUUGGUACUCGAAAUGUUCCGGUAGUCGUAUAUUACAAUAUUGAGCCAGUUUUGCAAAAAUUGUAAUAGCGCGGUACUAACGAUAUAUAUAUAAUAAUGUAAUAAUGGUAAUAUUUUCUUCUUUCCUAAAAGUAAACCUAAAACGCAAUGUACUUAGUAGCAUGUGACAUUUUUUGUAUUAUCUCUAGUACCUAAUUAUCUUAAACAAAUCGUGCCGUCGUAGCAUGCCAUGCAGUACGAUCACAUAACUUUUCAGCUACAAAACCGUCUUUAUAUACGCCUUCAUCAUUUAUUUUUCCGCUAUUAUCUUUUCUCUUCCAAGAAUAAUAUCUAGUGUAGUUCCUAACAAGGGGCAACCAAGUGUUCAGAUGAUUCCACCAGCGAUUACACCAUAUCGCAAAAUGUGUAUACUCUACAAAAACUGAUAUGAAUAUCCUGUUUUCGACUUGAUUGAUCCGCUUCUCAUGCUACUUAGAUAUAUAACAUUAUGAUCUCUCUGUCUCUGGAUCAUCCUGCGCAUCACAUACAAAAUAAUCUUUCAUUUCCCUCGCUUUCACUUUUUUUUCAUUUAUUUGUUACUUUUUUCUCUCAUUUUGUGUAAUCGAAACGUUAAUGUCUUAAAUAUAAAUUUCUGGAGUUAUCGUUAGAUGUUGCCCUGAAGGGCAGAUUGCACAAACUUCGAACAUAAACGAACAAAUAUUGACAUAUCGAGAACGAACAACAA